GCUCCAAAUGACAGAUGAAAAGACGUCUUUUCGUGGUCUUUUCACCCACGAAAAGACCACGAAAAGACGUCUUAAUAACACCUCAUCGGACCAACUGUCAUGGCGUGGUAAUGUAUACAUCUUGGUCUUAAUGUAUACAACUUGGUUGGUAAAGAAAAUAAAAACGUGCCGUUUUCAAGCAAGUAAAAACGAAAAAAAAUCUUGUUUUUUUCUUAUAGCUGUCAUUUAUUUAAAAUUCAUACUUAUUCAUUCAUAUGCCAUAGCUGUGUGUAGUACCCCCCCUUUACCGGUGGCUAUCCUAUCUUUUUCUGUGUUAUCAAUUAUAUAGGGUUAUAAGUUGAUUUGAACUUGUGCUUACCGAGUUGCUUGUCCUCCAUCUGAUCCGUGUGAGCUAUUGCGGUUGUGUUGUGUCGAGACGUAAACAUCCAAUAAGAGAAGCAACCAAGCAACAUGGAAAACACACCACGCAAGAUUGUGGUGCUCAAUAUGAGAGACGGAAAAUAUGUUUUAUCCGAGAAGCCGCAGCCUACAGCUUCCUCAUCACAACCAACACUACAUCCAGAUUUUAUAAAACAACUACCGACGGCAAAAAAUACAUCAAAGAACAUCCAACCUGCAACAAACAUCGUUCACCGCAGUGUUUCCGCAGCUUCCUCAUCACAACCAACACUACAUCCAGAUUUUAUAAAACAACUACCAACGGCAAAAAAUAUAUCCAAGAACAUCCAACCUGCAACAAACAUCGUUCACCGCAAUGUUUCCGCAUCCAUUUCGGAUUCCAUUUUUUCCGCAUCCAACAAACCCAACAUUUCCAAACCCAUAAGCAGCAAUAGUCCCAUAAAUCUAGAGACAACAAAAUCUUCUAUAGACGCAGGAUUGCGCGAUCUUUUAGUUUCAAUUGGACAGAAAAUGGAUGACAUGACAAAAAAAAUUACAAAUUUGGACCAGAAACUUAAUGAAAUAGAAACUAACCACGCCAACAGGGUUCGAGUUGUUGAGAAAAAUCAAGCAAUUAUUAAAACUAAGCUGGACUUGAUCUUAGAUAAAAUCUCUCCUCGUCCAGGGUUGGUAACAAAUAGUUCAUUCAACUGGGAACCGAUCGCAUCCAAAGAAAUGUUGGAUGCAGUGGAUCAGCAGCUUAAUGAUCAACAGUACAAAAAAGAAUUUGAAGAAUAUCUGGAAUGCCAGCUGCCAACAGAUAGCUCGGAAGAAAGGCUUCAUUCAGCGAUGGACAUCAUAUUUGCCAGACAGUUUGUUAUAGAGAUGAGCUGGACGGGAAUUGGACAUCCGAACCAAAAAAUUCCGUUGUUUGGAUAUAAAAAUAUUCUUGCUUUAUUUAAGCACAUUGGAACCUUUCACGGAGUAACUCCAACUCCUCAAAAAAUUAAAACAUUCUUCCAAAAUAAAUUGAAGCAUGCCCGCCAAAGACUGAACCUAGAAGGUAAGAUUAAAUCCACGCACCACAGACAUCAACAUUCUCAUUAUUAGUGUUUUUUUGUUUUGUUAUAAAGUUCCUUCACUUACUAAGUGUCCUUA